GAUAAUCAAACCACUGACAUUAUUAACAAAGGUAGCCACUUCUCCAACUAACCAACAAAUGCAAUAAAAACCCAUUUCUAAAUAUAUGGAAUAAUAUAUAUAUAUUAGUAAAAAAAGAAAAGGUUAUUGGAAAUGAAAUGGGUGCAAUCUUGUCCUGAUUUCCAUGCUUAGCAAGGCACCACCUCCAAUCAACUUCUGCAAAUUUGUCCAAUUCUGCGUGAUUCCGUUAUCUCUUAAAAACGAUGCCCACAGUUAUUAUACAUCUGGUCCUAAACCUACGCCCAUGCCCAUGGCCUCCCUCCAUAAGCUGCUGUCUCAAGACGGCUUCCACCCUCGCAAACCCAUCAAAAAGGUCAACUGGAAAAUUAAAGACGACUCCAUCACUCUCCCCAUCUAUAUCUGCCAUGAUCGCCGGAGCUUCGACUCCUCCUCCUCCCGACCCCGCUCCAUCGCCGCCUCCGAUGCCAAGCCAGUCGCUGACCGACCUGGGCCCGCCAUCGAGGACGUCGCCACCAAGGCCAUGGUCGCUAUCUUGAGCGGAUAUGUCGCCCAGUAUUCGCGAGACCCCAGUUUUCGCGCGAGUACUCGCGAGAAAUGCCGUUGUUGCUGCGAGAGAAGGAAGAAGGCGGAUGCCGAGAUUUUGUCUCUCUUGGAGAUGGGAAUUGAGAGCAUCGAGAGGUUGGUGGAGGUGAGGAGUGAGAAGAUGGAUUUGGAGUCGCUGCAGAGAUGCAUCAAGAUUCUCAACGCCGUCGCCGACUCCACCAAUAACGAUUCAUCAUCAUCAUCUUGUCGGAAGACCAACUCGUACAUCUCAGCCUGCGCGCAUCUCUACUUAUCCAUCGUCUAUAAAAUUGGUAAGAACGACAAGAUUUCAGCUCGGAAUCUGCUGCAGGUUUUCUGCGACGCGCCCUUUCUUGCUCGGACGCGUCUGCUGCCCCAACUCUGGGAGCAUUUCUUUCUGCCCCAUCUUCUUCACCUCAAGAUAUGGUACAGCAACGAGCUCGCAGGUUGUGUCAAUGAUGCCCACAAAGACAAGAAGAUCAAAGGUUUGAACCAGUUGUAUCGUGAGCAAAUGGAUGCCGGCACACUUGAGUUUGCUUUGUACUACAAAGAGUGGCUCAAAGUUGGAGCUCAAGCCCCUUCCCUUCCUACUGUCGCCUUGCCUUCCAAAUCCAAAUCCAACUCCAAAUCAAGAAGGAAAUCAUCCGAGUCUUCCACUUCCCAUCACUCCUCCAGUAGCAAACUGCUGUAUCAAGCAGUUUUUGGUGCAAAUGCAACGAACCAAUCAAUGGACUUUGAUGAUCAAAAUGGAUCUUCAAAAAGUGUAUGGGAUUCUGAGGCCGAAGAUGUCAAGCAUUACAAUUAUAUCCAACAGAAGAAAGCGGUUUCUCACAGAAGAUCAUCCAGUCUAAAUCACCAAGUGCACAAGGCAGAGUUGUGGCCAGACUCCCACAAAUCAGAUUAUUUCAGAUUCUUAGGAUGUCGGACAGAACCAGCAGAGUGUUUCGUGUCCAAAAUUGAGAAAAUCGAGGUUGGUGAGGAUGAGUCGAGUGAUGUGGCAGGCGCCAUUGCAACGGUGUGCUCAUCAGAGAGCUUAACCGAGUGCGAGGGUGCAGUUCGUGCAGUGAGCAAAGCUUGGCUGAGUGGUGACGGGGACACCCGUGCACAGCUGGAGGGCUUGCUAUCUCGAGCUGCAGUGAUACAAGGGAUACUGGAAGUUGUGUACGUGUCGAAUGAUGAUGAGAUCUUGGAGCUAGCAGUGUCGAUUCUGGCAGAAAUGGCGGCCAAGAAUGAGGCGAACAGGCGCUGCAUUUUAGCCUCUGAUCCGCAGCUUGCAGUGACAAUGAGGCUGCUGAGAAGCAGCAGCCUGUUCUUGAAAGCUGCAGCUCUGCUUUACUUGGUGAAGCCCAAGGCGAAGCAGAUGGUGUCGAUGGAGUGGAUUCCGUUAGUGCUCCGAGUUUUGGAGUUUGGUGAUCAGCUGCAGAUACUCUUCACUGUGAAGUGCAGCCCUCACGAGGCAGCUUAUUACUUCCUCAACGAGCUCCUAACGGGGUUUGACGAGGACAAGAAUUUUGAGAACGCGAAGCAGAUCAUUUCUCUCGGAGGAUUAGGCCUGCUGGUGAGAAGGAUGGAUGUGGGGGACAUGCCUGAGAAGACCCGGGCUGCAUCUGUUCUUCGUCUCUGCAUACGAGCAGACGGAAGCUGUCGCCACUUCUUGGUCAAGAACGUCAAGAGAGACGCGAUUCUAAGCCUAUUAGUCCUUGAGCAGUGGCAGGGGCAAGGGCAAGGGCAUGCUCUGGCUUUGCUGUAUGAGUUGCUAUGUGUUAGCAGGAGACACAAGAGGAUAGAGUUGUUGAGUGGACUCAAGGAGGGGUGGAAGUGGUUGAACACCCUCCAGAUUCUGCUGCUGCGCCUCCACAAGGCGCGACCAGAAGAGAGGCCCAUGGUUGCUGUGGUAUUGCUGGAGCUAGACCUUUUUGUGGGCGAUGCAUCCGAGUGCAGCGUCUACAGAGAAGAUGCAGUGGAUGCAAUCAUCGAGGCGCUGGAUUGCUGCGUGAUGGAUGAAAGAAUACAGCAGCAAGUAGCAAGAGCCCUCUUGAUUCUAGGGGGUCGCUUUUCCUACACGGGAGAGGAGGAAGUGGAGAGAUGGCUCUUGAGAAAGGCAGAAAUCAGAGAAAGCUGCAUCCCCUCGCAGAACGAGGAUGAGAAAAUGAGACGAGAGUGGCAGAGGAAAGCGGCAUUAGUCCUGCUUACAAGCGGAAACACAAGGUUGCUUUCUGCUCUAUCCGACUCCCUUGCCAACAGCAUCCCAAGUCUGGCUCGAGCUUGCCUCAUUACAAUCGGCUGGAUCAGCCAUUCGCUUGCUGAUACAGAUCUUCGCCUUGCAGCAUGCUCCAUUAUCGCCCCGCGCUUGAUGGAAUGCCUCGUAGACAACACCAACAACCUUGAGGAAAAGAUUCUGGCCUCAUUUUCAUUACAUAGUCUUACAAAUGGUACAGGUAUGGCAACGUCAUUCUUCACAGAAUCACAUGCACGUGGUGAACUAAUAUUUUCCUCACAAAAUUUGUAUCCAGAUUAUUUUUCGCAGCAGCUCAGAGUUGAGAACAACUUCCUGGGCUGCCUGCAGAAGCUAUCUAGAGCGACAUGGACAGCAAAGGAGCUCAUCACUUUCAUCAAGACCAGUUGUUCAUCAUCUCUGGGGUUUCUCUCUGACUAAAUCUUGUCUUAGAUUCUGAGUGUAAGUAGCCAAUUUGAGUUCUUGUAUAUAAUGAUCUUUUCAUAGAGUAUUUGCUAAUUUUUCUUGAUUCAUUCGUGCAAAAAUGCUUUGUAGUUGACAAAUAUUUUGGAUUCGACAUUCUUGGAGAAGCCUAAGAAAGUAUAUUUAGAUAAAAAAAAAAAAAGAGGCAGGCAAAUUUGUACUCCCUUUUUGGCAUGGUUAUUAAGAAUAAAAUUGAUUAA